AUGUCUUCCGGAAAGGGACUCCCCAACUUCCCAGACUUGGAGGCGAAACUCCAAAAGCCCACCAAGCAGUCAGCCUUUGAACGACAAAAGGCCGAAGCCGAGGCCAAGCGCAAGCGCGAGGCUGCCGAAACUGCUGCCGUUUACGCCGAUUUUGUAAAGAGCUUCGAUCGUGACGAUGACGACGACGACAGGGGCGAUGCGACUGCGCCGAGCAGCUUUGGGGGCCCUUCGCGAGGGAGACCCGGCUUUGGGGGACAGCCACCUGGACACGGCGUCUCAAGGCGGCACUUUGUGUCUUCCGGAUUGAAAAGCGGACCGGGGAGCUUGGGACCGGCGCCGUCGUCAUUUACGAAGAAGAGGUCGUUUAACGACUUCAAGGGAGGAGGUUCCAGGGACCGGUCGGGAUUGCUGGGGUUUGAGGAGCCGGAUUCCGGCCCGGCUGCGACGUCGGUCGCCAAGGCCUUUGACGCGAGCGAGGACGAAGACAUGGGCGAUGUGAAGGACCGAGCCGAAGAAAAGGCCACGUCGAAACCUACGCUCAGGCUUGCCAACUUGCCGCCGGGGACGUCGCAGGCGGUCGUCAAGGCGCUUAUACCGGAUAGUCUCAAUGUCGAGAAUGUCAGGAUCCAGCCGCCUGCUCCUGCUGGGCCCGGUGGCUCGGAAAGAAAAUGCAUGGUUGCCAUUGUCACCCUUUCGCAGGAAACACCCGCGAAUGAAAUGGAUACCGCCGUGAGCACGCUGCAGAAUCGCUAUCUUGGCUACGGAUACUACUUGUCUUUGCAUCGGCACUUGUCCUCGGCCGUGGCAGCUUCGGCCAAUCUCCCCAGUCUGGGAUCCUCGUCCUCUGGUGCCCAUCCUUUCGGAGCAAAGCCCGUUGAACAGCCUGGAGGCCGGGACAAGUACAGCCAUCAUCAGCAAGGAUUUCACCGCGGUUUCGCACCUCCCUCCUCGUACGGGCAGGUUGGUGCUGGAGUCAACAGGGCGCAGUUGUUGCAUGUACCCGUACGACCGCCACAGGAUGUCAGGACUAUACAACUGAUAAACAAGACGAUUGAAGGGGUUUUAGAACACGGUCCAGAGUUCGAGGCGCUCCUAAUGUCGCGACCCGACGUUCAGCGGGAGGAGAGGUGGGCUUGGAUAUGGGAUGCCAGGAGUGAAGGCGGCAUCUGGUACCGGUGGAGGCUUUGGCAGGUCGUCACAGGCUCAGAGUUUAGCCAAGUCAAAGGAAAGUAUGUACCGUUGUUCGACGGUGGCCAUGCCUGGAAAUCACCAGAUAAGAGCUUGGUCUUUGAGUACACGACUUCUCUGGACGAGCUUGUAUCAGAUCCGGAGUACAACUCAUCAGAUGAUGAAGACAUGGAGGAGGGCCCCGGCGACAACAACAAUGGCGUCGAAGCCGAGAAGACGUUUCUGAACCCGUUGGAUAAAGCCAAGCUUGUUCAUCUCCUGGCGCGACUACCGACUACGCUUAGCAAGCUGCGGAAAGGAGACAUUGCCCGAGUCACAACGUUUGCCAUUACCCAUGCCAGUCGCGGCGCAGAUGAGGUUGUUGAUAUGAUUGUCGCCAAUGUUGAGAAGCCGCUUUCGUUAACAGCUGCCAACGCCGAGAAGAAGCAAGACGCGAGACCAAUCCAUCCGGGAACAGCGACGGAAGAGGGAUCUACAAACGAAGGCCCAGACACAAGCAGCGCUAGUUUGGUGGCCCUGUACGUGGUAAGCGAUAUUCUGUCUUCGUCUUCUACAAGCGGCGUCCGCCACGCCUGGCGUUUCCGACAACUAUUUGAGACAGCCCUCCGAGAGCGCAAACUCUUUGAAAGCUUAGGCUUGCUGGCGGAGAAGCUCGGAUGGGGUCGCCUACGCGCAGAAAAGUGGAAAAGGAGUAUCAAUCUCGUGCUCAAUCUAUGGGAGGGAUGGUGCGUAUUUCCGGCAGAGUCGCAGGAACUAUUUGUCAAAACGUUUGAAUCGCCACCGUCGCUCAAGACCGAGGACACAAUCGACGAGUCAUCCGCUCGUACCAAGUGGAAGACGGUCGAGGCGCUGCCAGCCGCAAAGCGCGAGAGGAGCGCAGCAAGCCCGCCCAGCGUGGUGCCUGCUUCCAUGGCGCAGGAUGACAUUGACGGGGAGCCUCUGGAUGAGGAUGACGUAAUGGGUGAACCUAUUGACGAUGAAGAUGUGGAAGGGGAGCCUAUUGAUGAGGAUGAUGUUGCGGGGGAUCCUAUUGACGACGACGAGCUGGAGGCCGAAGCCAUGGAUCAAGACGGAGGCGGGGGCCAAGCGGCGGGCGCACCAUCGCAAGCAGAGAGCCAGGAUGAGAAUGGGGGUGUUGGUGGUACUCAGGUAUCUGCGGGCCGAACGCAACAGCGGAAGCGACUGCGCGCCGUGGAUAUGUUUGCUGACUCGGACGGGUCGAACGAGGAGAAAUAG